AUGGCAAGAACUGUGGCAAGGACUUUGGCAGCGCCACUUCUGCUGAUCAACCUGAUCAUGUAUUUCAUAGUGUUGGGCUUUUCGAGCUGGUGUUUGAAUAGGUACAUCAAUGGCCAAACCGCUCAUCCGAGCAUGGGAGGAAAUGGGGCAACUGGGUUGUUCUUGACGUUUGCGAUAUUGGCCGCUGUUCUUGGAAUAGUGUCCAAGAUCGCCGGCGGCAACCACCUCAGGGCGUGGAGGAACGAUAGCCUUGCGGCUGCCGGAUCGUCUUCCGUAGUUGCGUGGGCCGUCACAGCACUUGCUUUCGGUUUGGCUUGCAAGGAAAUAAACAUAGGAGGAUGGAGGGGGUGGCGUUUGAGGGUGCUCGAGGCUUUUGUCAUAAUACUCGGUUUCACCCAGCUGCUGUAUGUGCUGCUGCUGCAUGCCGGGUUUUUCAGCAGCAGGUAUGGGCCUGGGUACAGGGACCCGGAUUACGGCAUUGGCGCACCAGGGACUGAGGCGCGCCCUAAAGCUGGGGUCACAGGGACAGCGUCAGCCUCAAAACGCUGGUUAUGUCCGGAACAUGGUGGUAAAUUCCUUGAUAUAGAUGCGUAUGGACACCCUCUGAUAUGGUCCGAAAUCGGUGGUUUUGGUCUUGCGAAAGGUUCUUCCCGCAAGGUUCUUCCCGGUUAUUACCAACUGGUCUUGCGGAAUGUUCUUCUCGGUUAUGACAUUGGUUCGCUUGAUUCGGUUCGGUCUGAGCUUGAGUGUUCUCCGGUACCUGAAAGCGCGCCGGAAUUUCUCCGGCGCAAGCCUUCUGAAACCCAAGUUAGGAUCUCGGAUUUAGAGAGAAUUAGAUCCAACGCUUUGACUUACGCGGGUCGAACUAAUCGAUGGGUCGAGGCCUUAGCAUGGCUCGAUCCUCGACCCUCGGCACCCUACGCCCGGUGCAUGGCUCGCUCUCCCACCUGA